AAUCACGCGGCCUGCGCCGGAAGCAGGAAGGCGAGGGGCGAACGGCUCACGUGGCGUGUGUCACGUGACACCGCUGUCGCGACUCCGAGAUGGGGACGACCUUGGAUAUCAAGAUUAAAAGAGCCAAUAAAGUGUAUCACGCCGGGGAGAUGCUCUCCGGGGUGGUGGUCAUAUCCAGCAAGGACGCCAUCCAGCACCAGGGUGUGACUUUGACCAUGGAGGGAACCGUGAACCUGCAGCUGAGUGCCAAGAGCGUGGGCGUCUUUGAGGCGUUCUAUAACUCCGUGAAGCCCAUCCAGAUCGUCAACAGCACCAUAGACAUGGUGAAGCCCGGCAAGUUCCCCAGCGGCAAGACCGAGAUCCCCUUUGAGUUCCCCCUGCACGUGAAGGGCAACAAGGUCCUGUACGAGACCUACCACGGCGUGUUCGUCAACAUCCAGUACACGCUGCGCUGUGACAUGAAGCGCUCCCUGCUGGCCAAGGACCUGACCAAGACCUGUGAAUUCAUCAUCCACUCUGCUCCUCAGAAGGGGAAACUGACGCCGAGCCCCGUGGACUUCACCAUCACCCCAGAAACCUUGCAGAACGUGAAAGAGCGAGCCUUGCUCCCCAAAUUCCUCAUCCGAGGACACCUCAACUCGACCAACUGCAUCAUCACACAGCCCCUGACAGGGGAGCUGGUGGUAGAGCACUCGGAUGCCGCCAUCCGCAGCAUUGAGCUGCAGCUGGUGCGUGUGGAGACCUGCGGCUGUGCGGAAGGCUAUGCCCGCGACGCCACGGAGAUCCAGAACAUCCAGAUCGCCGACGGCGACGUGUGCAGGGGCCUCUCGGUGCCCAUCCACAUGGUCUUCCCCAGGCUCUUCACCUGCCCCACGCUGGAGACCACCAACUUCAAAGUGGAGUUUGAGGUGAACAUCGUUGUGCUGCUGCAUGCCGACCACCUCAUCACGGAGAACUUCCCGCUGAAGCUCUGCAGGACGUAGGCCAGGCCAUGGCCGCUCCUAGCCUUGUGCCCACACAGCUACCCCUCUCACACACGUGAGCCUCCACUGCAGCCGGCUCCCGCGGCGUCUCCAGGCAGGCCGUCUGUGGCGGUGAAGGGGACCCCUUGAUGCGCGCCGCACUGAUCCCUCGGAUUAUGGCUCCUGCCGCUCCUGCCCCGGGCCUUGGUGGGCGACCCCGUCCCUGCAGCAUGGGCUUUGCUGUGCCACAGGGAGCCCUGCUCCCAGCUGACAUGGAUGGUCACAGGUACCACCACUGCUUAGCACAUCUGACGCUCGGGUGGCCCUGAGGAAGGUGGCAUGGCUGGGAGCGGGUGGCUUUUCUUACACACUUCAUUCUGACAUCCUGUCUCUUAACGUGUUUCACUAUAUCUUCAAAACUGGAGGAAUUGGGGGAGAAGUGAGAUGGAGAAAUACACACUCCCUGCUCCCCCAGGACCCAGGAGAUUUGUAAAUCUCCAAGUGGGAGCCCUCGGGCUGCUGCAGGGCUGUGGGCAGACCUGGGGGCUGUGUGUUGGCGCCUGCCGUUAUUGGGUGGCUCCCCAUUCCCAAGGCCAUGGGAGAACACCCUUCUGCAUGGAGCAGUGCUGGGGACAGCUUUGCCCUGCCGUUGGUGUCCCUGAGAGACCCAGAAUC